AUGUCCCGUCGUACUGUGGGCGCUAUCACCGACGAGGCGGACAUGGCCGGGUUAUUACAACCCGCCCUCACGCUUGUAUUGACAUUCAUGGGUGAUUCAACACGAACAUACAACCCACAUUUGAGGACACGUUUGGCUGAAUGUCUGGAAGCAAUGUUGCCGAACCAUCCUGAUGAUCAACAAUCACUCAGUAACAUCGCCUUCUUCUGUAGGGAACAGAACAUCCACAAUGUUCAAAGAACAUCCACACAGACUUCAGGUUUCAGAUUUUUAAUAUUCCGCUGUGGUCUCCUGAAGAAGAAGAUGCUGGCCAAACUUCACCGUCUGCAGGCCACCACCUGUACGUGGCUGGUGCAGGUAGCGGCACGUGCUACCACCAUAGGCUAUUACGCACCAAACACUAUGAUGCAAAUAGACAUGCCAAUCACUACCCCACCGCCAGAUACAUUGAGAGUUUGUAUUGGAGAAUGUUGUUGUAUUGAUAACAAUGUCCCGCCAUAUUGUGGGCCUAUCACCUACGAAGCGGACAUGGCCGGGUUAUUACAACCCGCCCUCACGCUUGUAUUGACAUUCAUGGGUGAUUCAACACGAACAUAUAAUCCGCAUUUGAGGGCACGUUUUGCUGAAUGUCUGGAAGCAAUGUUGCCGAACCAUCCUGAUGAUCAACAGUCACUCAGUAACAUCGCCUUCUUCUGUAGGGAACAGAACAUCCACAAUGUUUAA